AUGAAAAACUUAAAAAGAAGUUAUAAAUUUGAAGGAAUAUAUAUAUUCCACUUAUUUAAUAAAUUAUUUUUAUUUGGAACAUUGUUGUUUGUAUUCAGGAGCACGAUAAAAUGGAAUUAUAACGAACAUGAAAAUAGAGAAUUUUCAGAAGUGAUUCGAUAUAAAAGAAGUUUAUCAUAUUCCACAGAAGGUAUACAAUUGUACAAUGAAGGAUACUUCCAUGGGGGAGAUGUGAAAUUAGAAAAUAAUAAGAUAUCUUCAGAGUUUGAAAUUAAUAUAUUCCCUGAAUAUUAUGAUAUAGAUAAUAUAGAAUAUACCUACGGUAUAAAAAAUAAACAAGUAUUAAAAAAUAUUGACACAAACUAUGGAGACAUACAAAGAAUAACAAAUUUAGAUUCUUUAAAAACAAAUAAUUAUAAUAAGAACAAUAAUGUUGAUAUAAAAACUGCACAUAAUUCAAAGAUACUAUAUGGUUUUCAAAAAGAAAAACAAUCAAAAACCAAACCAACGAUAGAAAAUAAAAAGGUUUAUUCUAACAAUAAAACUAAAUUGGAUAAUAAAAAAGUUAAUAGAGAUAUUAGUAUGCAUAAAGAAGCAAAGUUUAUAAACAAAGUUGAUAAUAUCUAUAAUUUUGAUGAAUAUAUUAAAUUAUAUCCCAAUUCAGAUAUGCACGGGCUCCUUAAUCAAUCGGCAUUUCAAAGAAAAGACGGAGUAUCCAUUUUACCUAAAAUAAAGCAUGGUUACACAAAUCGAAAAAAUAUUUCCAUAGAAGCAAUACCAAAAAUUGUUGAAAAUAGAGAAAAUAAAAAAGAGAAAUCUAACGAUAAGGUAAAAAAUAUUCCAUGCAGUGAUCAUGGUUUAAAUAAAUUAAAUAAUAAUGAAAACGGGAGGGGUAAUGUCGUACGUAACGAAACAAUAAUGACCAAUUUAUAUCAAAUAAAAAGUGAUUUUGAUCUAAUUAAUUCUAUAACAAAAUUGCCAAAAAAUAAAAAUAAGCCAUCACCGGGUGUAAAAAUACUUGGCCAAGAAAAUUUUAAAAAUAAAGCACAAAUAACAAUACGCGAAAAAUUAAAAGAGGAAAUGAAACCAAAAAAACAAGAAGAAUUAAAAGAGAAAAUAAAAAUACAAGAAAAAGAAAAAACGAAAAAGCAGUCUUUUUAUAGAGUAAUAUUAGAUAAAAUAAAAAAAAAAGUUGAGUCAAAUUAUAUUCGAGGAAUAGCAAAUGCUUUUAUAAUAUUAAUUUUUUCAUAUUUGAUUAUUAUGUUAUUGAUAAUAUAUUUAAUUUUAAAUGCAAUACGUCCAAAAAUAUAUAAUAACACUGCUUCGCAUAGAGGAUCACGAUUAUAA